AUGCGACAUAGUGUUAACAUGAGACUGUGGAUUUUAUCAUUUGAAUCAAGAAAAAAGAGUGGCAGCAGUGGCAGCGAUAUUUCACAAUUUCAUAAAACCAAUAAUAAAAUCAUGAAAAUAAUUUAUACAGCAGAUUAUCAACUAAAUAUACCAGACAGGAGAGAUUAUGCGACAAUAUUUCUAGCACAAACUAAUGAUAAUCGUUUAGAAAAUUGGCUCAAUAUGAGCCUAAAACUGCCACCCGACUCGAUAAAAAUCUAUGUGAACCACAAUGAUUGCUAUUUAAAUGAAUCGAUGCUUGCAGAAAUCAUGAGCAAAUUGUGGCAUUCGCAUGACAAAAUUGGCUUUAUUUACUACAUCUCGUUGUGUAUGUUGCCAUCGUCAUAUAACAAUAGCAUAAGUGGUCAACGUAGCAAUAGUGUCGGUAGCGAUUAUGGUCGACAGUCACAUAGGAAUAAUUAUAUCAUCAAUUUAUUUUACUAUCAUCCAUUUUUAAGGCAUAAAUCAGUUGUGGAACAACAUCAGCACAUUUGGGGUGGAAUGGAAAAGAUAAAUUUGAUAAAUGAUAAAGGAUGGACUGAUAUGAGCAGUCAAGCAUUUCAUUACUUCCCGUUUGUACCACAUAAAUUGAAUUUCUAUGGAUAUUUAUUGACCGUUAUACUCUUUCCAUCCACAAUGGCAUAUUUUAGAAGUGAAAUAAAUAUGUUCAAAAAAUAUUUGUCAAUAGAGACGCUGAAAGAUCCGUUUCACAGUGUUGGUGCGUAUUUUGGUGAAGAUGUUGAGGCAUUGUUGGAAUUUCAGAGGCUGUUAAAUUUUAGUAUCAAGCUCUCACCAACAUCAGAUAUGGGAUUCUAUGGUUUCAAAUUGCCGAACGGAAGCUUCAAUGGUGCACUUGGUGAUCUAAUCAAUAGACGUGCCGACUUUAUGGCAAAUGCAUGCUUUCUGAAAGAUUAUUUAACCGAUAAUCGUUUGGAAUUCACAAAUGCCAUCAAUGAUGAUAAAUUAUGUAUAGUUGUGCAGACAGCAGCAUUGAUACCUGAUUCAUUACUUAUUUUCUCAAUUUUCGAGAGAAGUGUAUGGAUUCUUAUUUUAAUUACCAUACUCGUUUCAUGUUUUGCUCACGCAAUUCUUUUGACUUUGAUGGAUGGUAUUGAACAUGUGAAAUAUGGAUCACUUAGGGGACUCGACAACGACUAUAAAGGCUUUGCAAGUCAUCUUUUGAGUAAAAUUAGAACCGACACAAAUAUCGCAUUUCGGAUAAUUGCUGUAGUAUUUGGCGUAUCGCAUUUAGGUGGCUUUAAAGAUUCAUCUGUAAUGCGAUUUUUCCUCGCAAUGUGUUUAUUAUGGAGCGUUGUGCUUACAGGAGCUUUUACAGGCUUACUGUACAAUGUUUAUACAUCACAAAAGUCUUAUCCAAAUAUUGACACACUGGAAGAUUUAUAUCAAAGCAAAUUAGAGAUUCAUGUUAGACAUCCCGGACUAUUGACAGACAUUUUUGGUGAUGGAAAGGAUAAAUCGGUUGUGUCAAAUUUGAAGCGUCACUUGAGAGCCUCAAAUGAUGAUUUUCUCAAUCUACGAAUUGUUAAUAAAGGAGGUAUAGCAUCACUUGAGAGAUAUGCAAAUUAUGAAUUUGAAAAUAACAAACUUGUGCCGAGAGAAGAUGGAACAAGCAAAUUACAUUUAGUGGCUGAAUGUCCCAGGUGA